AUGGCACGCGCAACAGUGAAUGAGUUUAUUUAUUUUAUUAAAAUUAUCGAUGAUAAAAGCGAACGGUAUUAUGUCAAAAGUACAAUUGAUGAACAGAAUAAUACUAUUUUAAUUCAUUUGACGAAUUGCAAAUAUAGUUGGGUCGGAAUUCUCAAUGAAGAACAAAUUCGAGUCUUGGCAAAGAAAUUUCCAUCUGAAUCAAAUGAUUCAUUUUAUUCACAUACACAACGAGCUUUUUCUAAAGGAAAUACGACGAAAAUUGAUGGGAGAACUUAUGUAUUUACUUGCAAAAAUCUUGAACACGAUCGACUUGAAUUUGUGUGGAAAGAAAAAGUUGAAGCAUUAAAUUCUUUAAAGAUUAUUGGUAGUAUUGAACUUCAAGAAAGACCAAACGAAGAAGUUCUAAAUAAAAUCAUGGAUUAUACUAUUGAUGAGAUGCAAAUAUUACGAUCAGAAAAUGAACAAAAAAUAGAUGAAAUUCAACGUAGCAGUAGUCAAUUAAAUAAAGCUCUUGAAGCAGUUAAACGAACAGUUGAUUUAAAGGAACAACUUGAAAGUGAUCUUUAUCGAAAGGUAAAUUAA